CCAUAAUUCAGUCAACGGCUUCGAAGGUUAUGCUGCAGUUUUUUGUUUGUCUUUAAUCGGUGUAUAAGAAUUUCAUCGACAAUAUAUUGACCGACCGGCUAAUUUACCGAAGGGGUAAAAAUGUGUGUUCUUGCGUAGAUGAUGACGACGUUUAGCCACGUCGUCAACUUUUCUCAAACCAUCAACAGUACAUCAACGGACUGAUUGUUGACUGUGCAGACCUUCAGUCGACAUGCAGAAAUGCCCAGGAGCUACGUUGUUUGCACUUGUUGUUACCACUGGCAUUGCCACCUGGGUUGUUUCUUUGAUCAUCAGUAAUGCUGCUAAAGUUAUUGUUGAUGAGAAUGGUGAAACCUCAUGGGUCCUCAGAUUUAUCUUCACCAUUCUUGGUUAUACAACAGUUUUUUUGCCUUGCUACGUUUUAAUUCACCUGUCCCAAAGACAUAACCUUCACACUCUUGGAGGUUGUCAAUGGAGACUUCUACGCCUUAUAUUGACAGGAACCACUUCAGAAAUUGUUCCAGAGACAGACAUCUCCUCUGCAAGACCGUCAAAUACAAAUGUGCAAACAUUAUACCAGAAAGCACUUUCUCUAUUCUAUUGUUGUGCAGGUUUGCAAGUUUCUUAUUUAUUAUGGGGAAUUCUUCAAGAAAAAAUCAUGACAAGGGAUUAUACUGAUGGUGAUAAGGUGGAGAAGUUUACUGAUUCUCAGUUCUUGGUGUUUGUUAAUCGGAUAUUAGCCUUUGCUUUCUCUGGUAUUUAUCUUCUGAUGACUCAUCAGAGCGUCCAUCGCACUCCCUUGUACAAGUACAGCUUUUGCUCAGUCUCCAACACGCUCAGUUCCUGGUGCCAGUAUGAGGCCUUGAAGUUUGUCAGUUUCCCCACACAGGUUCUGGCCAAAAGCGCCAAGGUCAUUCCAGUUAUGUUAAUGGGGAAAUUGGUAUCGCGAGCGCAGUACAAAAAUUACGAGUACGCCACUGCUGUGUUAAUUUCAGUAGGAAUGACUGCCUUUUUAUUAGGAUCGGGUGGUGAUAAAAAAGGAAAUAGCGUAACAACUGUGAGCGGUGCUGUGCUCCUUUGCGGCUAUUUGAUAUUCGACAGCUUUACUGCCAACUGGCAAAGUGCCUUGUUCAAAGAACAUAAACCGAGCUCAGUUCAAAUGAUGUGCGGAGUGAAUCUGAUGUCCUGCCUUUUCACUUCAGCUUCACUCAUACAGCAAGGAGGAUUCUUUUACUCAUUAUCCUUUGCCGCAAGGCAUCCCAUUUUCAUUAUGGAUUGUCUGCUAACUGCCAUUAGCUCUGCGUCUGGACAACUUUUCAUUUUUGCUACCAUAUCAAAAUUCGGACCUGUUGUAUUCACGAUCAUUAUGACUGUUAGGCAGGGAUUGUCCAUUUUACUUUCGUGUCUUCUCUACCAACAUCACCUGUCAUCCUUGGGCAUUUUGGGUGUAUUCAUAGUUUUCCUGGCAAUCUUCCUACGUAUGUAUUAUGCACAGCAACAUAGGAAGCGUAAGUUAGAAGCAAACGAAAUAUCUGGAAGCAAAGUUUGAGCAACUGUGACUUGAGAAAAUAUCUUAACUGGAAGUACUUAAAUUAUUGGAAUCUCAUGCUUUUGACAUGAAUGGCCGCAGCACAUUUUAAAACACAAUAACGGCUUGUUACUCUUUAUAGUACGAAUGAUGUACGGUGCAAUUUACUGACCAAAACAAAAAAAAGAAAUCAAGAAUGUUUGUAUAUUUGUUUUGUGACUUGUUAUAACUUAGAGAGAAGGUUGCGUCAAUACAGACAUAAUUUUUAUGACGAAAA